AUGUCUGCAGUUGGAACAAACGGUUUUAUCUAUUCAGAAAAAUAUUGUGACGAUCAGUAUGAAUAUAGACACGUUCACAUAACGCCGGAAGUCGCAAAGCUAAUAUCACGGCAACACCUAUUGUCGGAAAGUGAAUGGCGUCAUCUCGGUGUAGAACAAAGCCGUGGUUGGGAACACUACAUGUAUCAUUCACCCGAGAAGCAUGACAGGCAAGAAGUAGCGGCAGCCAAGCAUAAUAUCUGCCAAAUGGUUAGCGAAGUCGUUGCUGCAGUAAAGUUGAACAAGCUGUUUUGCAGAUUCUUUUGUUCAGAAGGCCUUUAA